AUGGUGGCCUUGGUUGCCCAACUUGGGUUGCUCGCCCUUCUCGUUCAUGAAGCCCUCGCCGUCCGCCCGGCGAUGAACGACACUUUUUCGUGCACCGAAGUGCGAUAUCAAAGCAAGAUCCGACCGGAGUACGGGGAUGACAACCGGAAGUGCCCAAGUGCCAGCUUUUGGUGCGAAUACCACGCGUGGAGAGGGGAGUACAGGUACUGGCACUACAGAUAUUGUUCGCAGUGCCAAAAGCCAAUAACAGGCAUACCAGAUUGUUGGAGCCCUGCUGCUCAAGUGGGACAAGAUUGCGUUGACGGAGCCAAAUGCAUCUGCAAGAAGACCAAAAUCGCAUACAACUCUUGCGACAAAUCCCUAACUCACUUCACGGCCUGGAUGAAGUGCUGCUCAAAGGAAGGGUUCGAAGACUGCCGGCCCUGCUUGGACGAGAAGCGAGACUGCUCAAAGAAAGAUCCAUGCCUCCUGAACAAGGUGGAAGAGUAUGGUGCAGAGCCGGAGCAAAUAGCUGCAGUUGAGGAGAGGUUGAAGCUGGCCUUCCCGGCGCCCUUGCGGGAGCUCUUUGCGCUGGCAGAUGGACAGAAGGAAGAGACGCCAGGUCUGCUUAUGGUGCCAAAGAACAAAGCACUGAAAUUUCUCUCCUUGAAGGAAUGCCGCGACCUCUCGCUUUACUGGAGAGAGUCUGCCAGCCACGAAACGCAGCAGCGCUGGUGGAAGAGCUCGGGGUAUGAUCCAACCUGGAUCCCUAUUGGUUAUGCUAAGAAGCUGCACGUGUCGCUUUGCGUGUCCAGCCGCGUGGGGCGGGUUCUGCGCUUCGCCUCCCCCGAUGCGCCGGCAACAUUCACGGGUGAGGCCGUACUUCACCUGGCAGAAGACUUGGAGGAGUACCUCCAGGACCUCGCAGACCACCAUUGCAGCCGCGCGCAACCCUUCGGUGGUGGGGGCAAAGGGCCCUCCGACCCGGAAGCUCGGUUGGGGCGCUGGUCACAUGAAAGUUCGCCACAGAAGUCCUUCGACUUCGGAAAAGCGUUGCAGAGUUGCGCAUGCGUCGCGCACGUGAUUGCCGUGAAUGGAACGACCAGGCCCAUCAGUCUAGGCAUUUGCUCUCGGUCCUUCAACGCCUGGUCCGAAGCGCUUCGAAAGACUCAGGCAGGGAAGGGCCUUUUGUGCGGCUGUGACAGGGAUGGUGGCUUGGCGGCAGUUGAUAAGUUUGGUCAGCGAGAUGCAAUCAACCGGACCCGUACAGGAUUUCGGAGCUUCAGCGAAGUUGCCUGGGCAAUUCGUGCUACCCUGGACAGCGAUGCUGACAGCAGAAGCGGCGACUUCUGUGAGUUCAGGACCACCGGCCGUCGCUUUGCCAACUACACCGCAAAUUCUGGCCCAGCCACGAUCAUUCUGCGCAAUCCGCAGGGGCUGGCCGAAAUCAUGGCAGCGAGCAAAAACCUGCAGGGCGUCGCGGGCACGAACACCAGAGACCGAGCGGAGGCAGAUGGCGCCGCCGCGAAACCUCCCUUCAGCCGCCUGGAGCGGCUCCUGGAGUCGGCGGCGGAAAUGGCCGAGUCCUCCACGCCGCUGCUUGCGCAGGCACUGCGAUUCCUGGCUCCCGUGGCGGCCCCGCUGGGCGAUUGGGCCCUGGUGAUCGGCCGAGGAUACAUCACGGCUUUCACCUGGCUAUACUCGAUGUGCAGCAAGACGCCUUACGAACUCCAAGCUGCCACGGGCUUGGUCUUGUGCUUCUUCGGCGGUACAUUCGUGGCACUCUUCGCGGCCGUGGAGGCCUUCCGGAAGAUGGGCUUCCAGCGCCUGCAAGUGGAAGUGCAAUACAUCAUCGACCAAGCCGCCUUGGUGGAAGCUGCCUCUGCAGCGGACGACUUGAAGGAUGAGAAUGCUGACGGCAUUGCGGACGUAGACCAGAUGGACGCCAGGCAGCUGUUGCGCCAGAAGCUGCAUGUUGCCAUGAUGAGCAUCGAGGACCCCCAGAGGCUCGAGGCAGCGGUCUCCUCCCUUUGGGCCGCCUGCCUCGGGGCUCUGGCUACCCUGAAGCUCCAGUUUGCCCAGACGGUUGCGUACGCCCUGGCUUUUGCAGAGAUGCUGAAGCUUCCGGCGCUUCGCUUGCUGGCGCCGGCGCUAUGCUCUCUGCUGGGCCCGGAGUUGCAGCAUUGGGUUGAGACCAUCCUCGAGGUACUGCUCAAGGCAGUCCUGAUUCUGAUCGUCUGGCUUGUGGCAAAAGCCCAGGGCGCAGUGUACGCUUGUCUCCGCGGUGGAACCAUGUUCGGAGUUGCCUUUAUCAAGAUACUCGAAGAACGAGGUGUACUGCGGCGCUUGUGCAACAAACCGUUUGAUCCACAAAGCUCCUAUUUAGAUGAGAUUCUUGGAUUCUCCAUGGCAGCCUUAGGGUUCUACUGGCAGUUGAGCUCGGGCUUCCUGGUGCCCUGGCCCAUGAGCUGGCUUCUCUGGCCAUUGACCGCACUGGAGACAUUCCUCGAACUGCAAAUUUCUUGGCAAUGA